AUGUUGCUCGUUGACCUCCCUCCCGAGAUACUGGACCACAUUGCCUGCUCUGUCGACCGCCGCGAGGAUCUCCUGUCCUUCGCUCUGACGAGCACGCUGCUAUCCUCAGUCAUAUCCCCCACGCACCUUGAGUACUGCGACAUACGGACUCGCGACAUAGACUCCCUUUCGACGGAGGAGCGGCUACCAGCCGAGUAUCGCAAUAGCCCCUUCAGUGUACCUGCCGCGGAACUGGCCACGAACGACCAGCUCUUCCUGAGUCGAAACGCAAAGGAAUUAUUGAGUCAGUACGAAAAUGACCUGAUCAAAGCCGUGAAGCUUAUGCGGAAUCUCCGCCGCUUUCGCUGGUUUCGCCCGAGGCUUCCAGGUAGCGACGGUAUCUGGUCCGUGCUCAAAUUCUUGGGCUUCGUCGUGGAUUUGCACUUCUUGGAUACGGACUACGACUGCCCGCUGCCGUCCUUCCGGGGCUUGUUAUCCCUGAAUAUCAUGACGAAUAGGCUUAGCAUAGAACCUGGAACACAGGAUGUGAUGUCGAUGCUCAACAUGUCUGUUACCGACUAUCCUGAUCUGACGAGCCUCACCUUCCUCUCCAGCAAAUUUCUCGAGUACAGCGCACGCGUCGAUGUUUCGCUGAGACGCGCCGCUUGGAAGAAUCUCCGCUCUCUCCGCCUUGAAGGGUCGACCUGCACUGCCGAGACGCUGCGCCACUUUCUCAAUAAUCAUCCGACCCUCGAGGAGUUGGCGCUCCCUCCUGAGCUCCCUGGCAAGGAAGGGCGGGCGCUGAUGCUCUCCGACGGUGCACUUCCGAACCUCCAUACAUUAGAGUGUCAUGCCCCGACCACGGCUGCAAUUCUCGGAAACCCUCGAGCGGUUACGAGCAUCCGGAAGAUCCGUGGACUCAACCUGGAUGGUGAAGCCCCCUGGAAAUGGGACUAUCUUCCUAAUGCAGACGACCCAGACGAACCAUAUGACGAUGACCCCGAUCCAGUAACGCUCAAAUGGAGGGAAGAGUUAGUGGAGGGCAUCAAGACCCAUCCAUCUAUAAUGACGAUAGAGUGUUGUCACAUCACGGAGCUUUCGAUUACCGACGGCUCGGAGGAACUUCCCGCGGAGCAGUGGUUCCAGGCUCUGGCGUGCUUCCCCCACUUGCAGCGCGUCAGAUGCACUCCCCUGUUGCCGCAGGACAACAGCGCACUGGGCCCGUUCAUGCAAAGGCUGCUGGAGGCGUGCCCGGAUCUGCAAAUAGUGAGCGAUGCAAAGCAGUGA